GCGGCGGGCCGAGGAGGCGCUCAGUCCCGGGCGGGCGCCCGCGGAGGCGGCGGCGGCGGCGGCGGCGCCGGGCGGGCAUGCCGCGCCACCGGAGCUCCUUUCGGGCGCACGCUUCCCUGCCGAGGGCUGCGCGCGGCUGCUGCUGCUUCCACUGCUGCUGCGGACUCCCAUGGCGGCUCCGCCCGGCCGGGUCCGCCGCCGCCGCUGCCGCCAGCCCCGGGCUGAAUGAAUGAGCCGGAGCGGCGGAGCUGGGCUGCCCGCGGCCGCGCUCACCGGCCCGGGACGCUUCCGCAUGGCCCGCGAGCAGCCCGAGCCCGCGGCGGUGGCGGUGGCCGGGCAGCCCGGGGGUGGCCGGGGUGGCGAGAGGGCUCUGCAAGGGUCAGGGGGCGCCCGCAGGGGGCGGCCGUCUCUGAGCCGCGCUAAACUGCACGGGCUGCGGCACAUGUGUGCCGGGCGCACGGCGGCCGGGGGCUCCUUCCAGCGACGGGCGCUGUGGGUGCUGGCCUUCUGUACGUCCCUCGGCUUGCUGUUGUCCUGGUCCUCGAACCGCCUGCUCUACUGGCUCAGCUUCCCGUCACACACGCGGGUGCACCGGGAGUGGAGCCGCCAGCUGCCCUUCCCCGCCGUCACCGUGUGCAACAACAACCCGCUGCGCUUCCCGCGCCUCUCCAAGGGGGACCUCUACUAUGCCGGCCACUGGCUGGGGCUGCUGCUGCCCAACCGCACGGCGCGCCCGCUGGUCAGCGAGCUGCUGCGGGGCGACGAGCCGCGUCGCCAGUGGUUCCGCAAGCUGGCCGACUUCCGCCUCUUCCUGCCGCCGCGCCACUUCGAGGGCAUCAGCGCUGCCUUCAUGGACCGCCUGGGCCACCAGCUCGAGGACAUGCUGCUCUCCUGCAAGUACCGCGGCGAGCUCUGCGGCCCGCACAACUUCUCCUCCGUGUUUACAAAAUAUGGGAAGUGUUACAUGUUUAACUCAGGAGAGGAUGGCAAGCCUCUGCUCACCACGGUCAAGGGGGGGACGGGCAACGGGUUGGAGAUCAUGCUGGACAUUCAGCAAGAUGAGUAUCUGCCCAUCUGGGGAGAGACAGAGGAAACGACAUUUGAAGCGGGAGUGAAAGUUCAAAUCCACAGUCAAUCUGAGCCACCUUUCAUUCAGGAGCUGGGAUUUGGGGUGGCUCCAGGGUUCCAGACCUUCGUAGCCACACAGGAGCAGAGGCUCACCUACCUGCCCCCGCCGUGGGGGGAGUGCAGGUCCUCAGAGAUGGGGCUCGACUUCUUUCCUGUUUACAGCAUCACCGCCUGUCGUAUCGACUGCGAGACGCGCUACAUUGUGGAGAACUGCAACUGCCGGAUGGUGCACAUGCCAGGGGACGCUCCCUUCUGCACCCCUGAGCAGCAUAAGGAAUGUGCAGAGCCUGCCUUAGGUCUGCUGGCAGAAAAGGACAGCAAUUACUGUCUCUGCAGGACUCCCUGCAACCUGACCCGAUACAACAAAGAGCUCUCCAUGGUGAAGAUCCCCAGCAAGACAUCAGCCAAGUACCUGGAGAAGAAGUUUAACAAAUCGGAAAAAUAUAUCUCAGAGAACAUCCUCGUUCUGGAUAUAUUUUUUGAAGCUCUCAAUUACGAGACAAUUGAACAGAAGAAGGCGUAUGAAGUUGCUGCCUUACUUGGUGACAUUGGUGGUCAGAUGGGAUUGUUUAUUGGUGCUAGUAUCCUUACAAUACUAGAGCUCUUUGAUUAUAUUUAUGAGCUGAUCAAAGAGAAGCUAUUAGACCUGCUUGGCAAAGAGGAGGAUGAAGGGAGCCCAGAUGAGAACGUGAGCACUUGUGACACGAUGCCCAACCACUCCGAAACCAUCAGCCACACUGUGAAUGUGCCCCUGCAGACAGCCCUGGGCACUUUGGAGGAGAUUGCCUGCUGACACCCCUCAGGCUACCCAGCACCUCCAAAUAGACCUUAAGGCCCAAGACCUAGGACAGGGGACAGCAAGCUCAGGUGGGAUGGCCCCUGAAGACAGAAAGAAGCAAGAGCCCCCUAUGCACACAUUGCAAACUUCUGCCAAACCUCGCUCCGGCCAUGUCUGACAUGAAGCGUCCCUGAGCCCCGCCGUGUGUCCUCGUAGGAGAGAUGAGUCACAUUGGAACUGUCCAAGAACCAACCUGCCAUCACAUCUCACUGCCAGAUGUAUAAAGCACCUGCAUGCUCAGACUUCUUACAGCCAGCACCACCUCCACAUCUGUCUUGUACAUGAUACUCCUCCGUGUGGUCUCCAGCAUCUGUGCGGUGGGACCUGAUGCCAGCCCCUCAACGUCACCGUGAGGCCAUGCUGGAAUCAACACUACACAGCCCAGAAGGAAGCCGCAGAACUCUCUAUGAUGUUCAAUUCCUGUGUCCUUUGUGAAGAUUCUUAACCUACCCGAGAACCCCCACUCCCCCAAACUAGCCCCUGGGGGGGUCUGGCACCAAAGGUGAUCAGUGCCAACCUCCCUUUCACCCCAGCGCCUGUGGAGGUGGCACAGUGGCCUGGGUGACCCCACUAUCCAUCCAUGGAGCCACGUUGUUCUGUGACACCGCUGUAUAGUCUGAUUCUUUUCAUUUUAAUUUGGAGGGGCUUUUUGUUUUUGUUUGUCUAUUGAAGAUCAUUUUGCUUUUGUUUUGUGGCUUUUCAUUUUGAUGUUCUGAGGUUUGGUUGUUGUUUUUUUUUUCUUUCCUUUCCAUUUUCUUUGGAGUUUAUUUAUUCGUGCUUUGAAUCACAGUCAUAUUAAAAGCUGGUCUUGUGGAAA